AUGUCAAAUGAAAGCGAUCGGCCAAUACGAGCGGGAUUAGAAAAUGAUGACAAAAUAGAAACGGUGAAUAAUGACUCUAAAGCAAACGAAAAAUGGUUCAAAUGUGUCGAAUGUGGUCAGAAAUUCACUCGUGCAAGCAGUCUCAGACGCCAUAAGGUGUUACAUACGGAUGAAAAAAAUUAUAAAUGUGAGGUAUGCAAUGAAGCAUUCAAUAGGCCUUCAAUUCUGAGGAGACAUAAAUUAACGCACGAGGAAGGACGACCAUUCAAAUGUGUUAUGUGCGGUAAUCGUUUCAAAUAUCGCCAAAAUCUGAAUGCUCAUAUAAAGACACAUACGGACGAGAAGACAUUGAAAUGCAACGUAUGCGGAAAAGGAUUCAAACACGUUGGAAGUCUGCAUAACCACAAAUUCACACAUGGAAACGUACGAUUCGUAUGUAAAGAAUGUGGUAAGAAUUUCACUCGGAAUUGUGGUUUGAAUAGACAUAUGAUAAUGUAUAAAAAUUGCGCAAAUCUGAAGGCACAUAAUUUGACUCACGGAAGCGAACGACCAUUCGAGUGUCACGUGUGCAAUAAAACAUUCAAAGAGCCCAGCAGACUGAAGAGACACGAAUUGAUGCACGGAAAUGAACGACCAUUUGAAUGUCACAUGUGCAAGAAAACAUUCAAAGAGUCCACCAAACUGGGGAGACACCAAUUGACUCACGGAAGCGAACGACCAUUCAAAUGUCACGUGUGCAAUGAAACAUUCAAAGAAUUCUGGAAUCUGAAGAGACACAAAUUCACGCACGGAAACGAACGACCAUUCAAAUGUCACGUGUGCAAUGAAACAUUCAAAGAAUUCUGGAAUCUGAAGAGACACAAAUUGGCGCAUGGAAACGAACGACCAUUGAAAUGUCACGUGUGCAAUAAAACAUUAAAAUGGUCUAGCAGUCUGAAAAUACACAUAUUGACGCACGAAAAAAACUUACGACCAUUUAAAUGUAGGGAAUGUGGUAGGAAUUUCGUUCACAAAUAUUAUUUAAAUAGACACAUGAAAAUACAUAAUAGUUCUAGUGAAAAGCUCUCUUCUACAGUAAACUCCUUAAUAAUAUCGAUAGGAGAUAUCAUUGACACAGAAAUAUCAAUAAGAGAAAUAAUUAGGAUCGCAGGACUAUAA